AUGUCUUCACACACCCAGUCGCGCUCGCCGCGGCCUCGGCAGCGGCGGGCAUUGGAGGAACGCAGCUCAGCACACGCCAAUGAGAGAUCUCCCACACGUUCGUUGCGCAUGGUUCAUGAUCAAGAGGAUGUCGACAUCGAUGCCGGUGUCGAUUACUAUACCGCCACUCCAUUUCCAACCAAGCCAGAGCAGAUCUUGCUGCCAAUUCCCGGCAAAGGGCAGCAACAGCCGCAGCAAAAGUAUAUCGCGGAUACGGGCUUCAACUACGCAGACACUCCCGGACCAUCGUGGUCGUCACCAGCACUGAGUCAUGGCGCCGCAAACAGCAUUCGCGAGAUCUGGGAUGUUUCCUCGACAGCAGAUACCGGCAUGUCGCCUCCGCAAAUGUGGGAUGAAGAUCCAACCUCCAGCAAAUCGUCACUGCCUGAGAUUCCCUCAGGAAAGGCACUGGACCAUGGUUCUGAUGGUUCAGAAGCGGAAUUCUCUGAUGACGACCUAAUUGUCCUGCCCACAGCUACGCCAACUAUCAAAGCUGUAGUAUCUGAACCGCCAACGUCACCCAAGUCUGUGUCUGAUGAAGUAGAUUCCACUAUUGCCGGUUACUCCAGCCCAAAUGUUGAGCCAAUUGGAGCCCCCUCGAGUCCCAACUUCGUCACAUUGGACAACUCAAGUGUGAACAUUCUGCCUCCAGGUGCACCCAUCGAUUCGGACCCUCGCUCAGACUCGUUGUCUUCUUGGAACUCGCGAGGAACCGCUGUACGACAUGCCGGUGCCGUCACUGCGCCGUGGAUCUAUGCGGCCGGCUCGUCAGAGCAACUGAGCUCUCGCUCGCCGUCUUUCCACUCCAGCCCACCACUUCGGUCCGUUCGGUCUUUCCGCUCUGUCUCAAGACAUCCUUCUGCCAGCCGGUCACGAUCUGCAACUUCAUCCUCACGCAGUUUCCGUUCAGGAUCAUUUCGAUCAGUCUCAGAAAUCGCAGCUGCCAUCGAGAGUGGCGUGCCUGUUCAAUAUCCCCGCAUUCGUGCUCCAUCUUCAAGCUCGCGAGCCGAUACAUCGGUUUCUUCAGAACGUGAUUUUACACCGGGCCCGGCCUCCGGUCGUUGGAACCCGCACCUGUCAAGAGUAUCAUCAGUCUGGUCUGAUGAGGAAGUCGCCAUUCAAGCUUCUUCCGCUGAAGCCUCAGCGGAAGAAGAGUCUGCCAGUGCCAGUGAUGAUUCAGAGCCCACCCUGCCCCCGGUUGCUGUCCUGCAGCCCAAGUCGAAGUCGACCGUUUGGCUUGUCAGGGAAUCGCACGAAGAGGAGCGCUUGGAUAGUCUGACAAAUCUCCCAAAUCGCAGUGGCUUCUUGCAAAGUCUCUCAUCAGGAUCCAAGCGGAGCAACAGCAAGCGUAGCAACAGCAUGCGAAGUUCCAAACGGCCCGGUACAAGCUCGAGCAAUGUUUUCCACAUCCUCCCCACUUGGGCCAAAAUCUACUAUCGCGCGGAUCCGAUGAGUCUCAACUCAGCUUUUUCCAUGACGCAUGGCAGCCGCCCAUCUUCUGCACGCCCUGGCACCAGCAAUUCCAGCGUCUACAAUCUCAUGCCUACACCGCUUAAUGUCCCAAGACCUCGCUCACCUGAACGGCCUCACUCGCCUGAGCGUGUUCAAUUCCCCGAGCGUGCCCGUUGUCCUGAUCGUUCUCGCUCUCGCGAACGUGUUCGCUUUGCUCAACGACGUAUUGAAAGUGAUCCUCGAGACCCGCGAGCUCACUGGGUCCCGGAUCCCGAGCCUGUAGAGGGUGAGGUAUAUGGCACCCCUCGCCAUCGUCUUCGACACAGCUGGUCGCCGCAUUUGUAUACGGAUCGACGAACAAUUCACCACUCGACUAGUGCAUGGACUGCACCAUCAAUGGAUUCCACGACGGAGGCCGUGUUUGGGCGGAGGAAUGUCCAGGUCUACUCCUUCUGUUUGGGGUUCAUCUUCCCUCUUGCCUGGAUCAUCGCUUCAUUUCUUCCUCUUCCGCCAAAGCCCAAAAUGGGCUCUGAGAUGAUGGACUCCGACGAUGAUGUGGAAAUGGCCCUCGAAUCGCAGUUGUUGAAUCUUCAACAACGGCGAUACGACAAUGCUCGGUGGUGGAGAAAUCUCAACCGCUGGAUGAUCUCACUUGGCGUUGUGAUCACCGUAAUUAUCAUUGCACUUGCUGUCAUUGGCACCACUACCGGCUUCUAA